AUGUCCCAAAACUACCGCGGCUCCGGCUCCUUCGCGACCUUUCUCAUCAUAGGCCGAAUCCUCUUCGCCUCCUUCCCCUACGACUUCCCCCUCCUCUGGUCCCCCAACCCCAUCACCCCCCUCCACAUCUCCCAGAUCGAAACCCACCUCCGCUUCAUGCACGCCGCCCCCCCUUUGAUCUCCCGCCUCCUCCACAUGAUCAUCGCCGUCGGCUUCCUCGGUUUUUUCACCAAGCUCUACCGCGCCGCCGAGUCCAACUUUUUGUUUGAUGGCGGCUCCCUGUUGCUCUAUCUCAUCGCUGCGGGGGUGUACAUCACCAACGUAGUCACGCCAAUGAAUGCGCUCGCUGAGCAGCUAGAGGGUGAGGGCGGAGAGAAGUAUGCUGUUCACAACGGACCGCUGACGGGGGAGGUGGAGCUGACGAGGGAGGAGAGCUUGAGGGUGCUGAGCGCGAGUCAUACUAUUUUGGCGUUUGUGCUGGUGGGGGUGUUGGUGCUGCAGGCGGGGCAGUGGUAUGCGGAGAAGAGGGAGAGGGAGGAUUAUGCGGCGUGGGUGGCGAGGGGGGAGCCGGUCGAGGUGAUGGAUUCGGAUGAGGAGCAGGAGAAGGAGGAGGAGAGGGGGGAGGGGAAGAAGGAUGUUUGA